AUCAUUGUAAUACUUCGCAAUCAAGACAAAGACAUAGAAAGUCGGAGGCAACGCAGAAGACACAUGGAAAAAAAGUUUGUCCUAGGAACAAUGACUGUGGAGUUAGCCAUCCCGACCUUGACUUGUCUCCUUGGGGAGGGGCCACACUGGGACGAUAAAGAACAGAAGCUUCUAUUUGUGGACAUACUGGCCAACACAGUGUAUAAGUGGGACUCCGUCAAAGAUAAACUGGAAAGCGUCACUCUAGAGGACACUGUCGGAGCCGUUGUGCCAUGUAAGAAGGGAGGCUAUAUGGUGGGUCUGGGCCGGUCAGUAGCUCAUUUGGACUGGUCUUCUCAAAAAGUGACAAAGAUUCAUGAAAUACCACUGAACGGCACCAAGAAUAAGUUUAACGACGCCAAGUGUGACCCGGCAGGUAGAUUCUGGACAGGAAGUAUGGGACAUCAAAUCUCUAACAACCCUAAUAUGUUCGAGCCUGAAAAGGGAGAGUUGUACUGCUUAGACAUUGACGGGACCCUCCACAAACGUGUCGAGAAAGUGAGCAUCUCAAACGGUCUAGUGUGGACCCAGGACAAGCGCACUAUGUACUAUAUAGAUUCUGUGCCUGGCCAGGUCUACGGUUUCGACUACGAUAUUGACACAGGGGCAAAAUCAGUACCAAACAGACGUGUGAUCAUCGACUACAAUAAUUUUGACGACGCUGAUUCUAUGGGAUUGCCAGAUGGAAUGACAAGUGACGUCGAUGGAAAUCUUUGGAUCGCCAGCUGGGGUUUCGGGAAAAUCAUGUGCUUUGAUCCUCUCUCAGGAAAGAAACUCCGGACCAUUCAAAUUCCUGCCAUGCGCACAACGUCAUGCUGUUUCGGCGGGAAGAAUUUGGAUGAAUUGUACGUGACGAGCGCUAGACAAGGGGCCUCGGAUGAGGAACUGGCAGCAUAUCCAAUGUCAGGGUCAACAUUCAAGGUCACGGGUUUAGGGGUCAAAGGACUUCCAGCGAACGUGUAUGAGGGAUAAGACUCUUCCUGAUAAUAAACUUCUACAGUAAACAGCUGGAGAAGAAUUACA